AUCUCUCGGCAUGAAUGGACGGGCGCUCAACGACCGAGCGAUCGAAGUCUCGCCCUCAUCAUCGCGGGUAAGUUGCCGUUCGAAUCGGAAUCUGAUCAAUGCUCAUGCAAGUAGGUCCUCGAUCGUGCCGCUGGUUCCCAGCCCAUGGGGGGCCCACCGCUCCUCACUCCUUUCCCGCCGUCGAAAAAUCGACCUCGUCCUGGCGAUUGGACGUGCCCUUCAUGUGGAUUCAGCAACUUUCAACGUCGCACUGCGUGUUUCCGCUGCUCCUUCCCGGCUAUGCCAGCGAACCAAGACCCAUACGGGCAAGCAUACGGCAUGCCUCCGAACCCAUACGGCGGCCAAGGCUAUCCUGGCAUGAUGGGCGGCCAGAUGCAUCAUGGCGGUGGAUACGGCAUGGGAGGUUCCGGUGGUGGCCGUGGCGGGGCCGUGCCUUUCCGAGCAGGCGACUGGAAGUGUGGCAACGAAGGCUGCUUCUACCACAACUUCGCCAAGAACGUCUCUUGCUUGCGUUGCGGAGCUUCCCGUAGCCAGGCGGCCAUCGUGGCCGAGAGCAAUGCCCCCAACAUGCAAGGCUUCCAUGGUCCAGGAGGAUCAUACGGCGGACACGGCAACAUGAACAUGCCGCCCAUGAACCCCGGUUCAUACGGCGGGAUGGGCCCCGGCGGAGACGGCUCCUACGGUGGAAACAUGGGUGCUCCUCCCGGCGGCUUCGGUGGCCAACCUUUCGGCCCACCAUCCGCCUACUUGCCUUCCGGCCUCGGCGCUCCAAGCCCGUACAUGCCCGCAGGCUACGCGCAGAUGGCGAGCAACGGAGCCGGACAACCGCAGGGCGGAUUUGAUAGCCGUGCUGAGCAGGCUUUCAAUUCUGGCAACGCGUCUGCUAGCGGCGGAGCAUCGUACCAGUCCAACGGCGGCUACGGCGGCGGCUCCAGCACUGGCAAUUAUGGCGGGACUGAUGCUUCCAGCGACCCGUUCUCCUUCCUCAGCAGUGGGAUGAACAGCCUAGGCCUUGGCGACAAUGACCGACGCAAUGGACAGGGCCAAAGCGGAGCCAAGUCUCCUCAGUAGUGGGGAUAAUGGCUAUCAUGAGCGGCGAUGUGCCUGGAACUGGGAAUAUUUGUAUCAAAAUGCACAGCCGACAAAGGGGAAGCAGA